AAAAUUCGUUUAACUCGGGUGUCUUUAAUAGUGUUUUGAUAAAAAAAGACGCCAAAUUUUUAGCUUUUUUGAAGGAAAUUUCUUAUUUUUUGUGGAAAUAACAAACAAAUUUGGCAAAUAAAUAAAAGAGAAAAAAUACUUUUGAAAAAUGAGUGGUGUCAAACCAAAGGAUUUAAUACAUGAAAUCAAAAUAAGACCGGGUAUUUACAACAGAGAUGUUUUGGAACAUCCGCGCCGUGAGCACAAACAUCAAUUGUGGCUAGAGGUGGCGGAACGUUUAACGCCUGCCGAAGAAUGGGAAAGCUAUACAGAUGUGGAAAAAGAGGCAAGAAUGGAUGAAAUAGCUGGAAAAUGGAAACACAUAAGAGCCAACUAUUAUCGUGAGAUCAAACUUAUCGAAGCGGGCGAAGCUAAUAAGAAACGUAAAUAUUUGUAUUUUGAUGAUAUGGAAUUUAUGCGCCCCUUUGUGGGCUACAAAUUGCCACCCAUGAAGAGGGAUAAAAAAUCCAACGAUUCAUUAGAUGACAUCGAGGAAUUUGAGAAUAAUGAUAGUGAUAUGGAUUUGGAAACGCUGCUCAAGACUACCAGCAAAGCGGACGAGGAGGAGGAGCAACAGGAGGAAGAAGAAGAUGUAGAAGAACUCAAUACUAGUGUAGGAACACGCACCCGAUCUAAACGUAUAAUUAAGCCCACACUUAAGGCCAAACAAAAUAAACUAACCACCUCUAGCUCCCCGGUAGGCGGCAAACGCCUACAAAAAGAAGCUAUUAUAAAGAAUUUCGAUGUUUUAAAGAAAUCUAAUGCGAGCGCCAGUAAUCCCUCCUUUAAAAUACGUGAUGGUGAUAUUUCCUUUUGUCUUUCACUAGUGCCCACUUUAAGGAAAUUGGGUGAUAGCCGCAAAUUGAGAGCCAAAAUAGAAAUUCUUAAAGUUUUACAUCGUUAUGUGGAACACAUUGAAAAACGCAGUCUAAUCAAUCGCUCAAAUGCCAACAGCAGCAAUCAUAAUAACUCUAGCAAAAAUCCAGCAGACUUAAUAGAGGAAAUGGCUGAUGAUCAUUCGGAUCAUGAGUAUGGAGAGAGUGGUAUUAAUGUCAAACGUGAACGUGGUGAUCCCUUAAAUGGGGGUGAAGGUGGUGGUGGAGGUAACACCAAAACCUGGUGGACUUAACCUAUAAGCAAAGAGAACAGUUAAAAAGUGACCAACUUAAAAUCUGGGUUAAAAAAAAACAUGAAAUAAAAAUUCUUUAUUUAGUUAAGUUUAUGUUAAGUAUAUUUAGAAUGAUGAUUAGAAUGUUAGAUUGACCGAAAAUGUAUAAAAUUUAAUUUAAAUAAAAAUACUUUUGAUUUUGAGAGUAACCUA